AAUAGAUUCCAUACUCGAAUGGCGAUUAAUAUUGCACACAGACAGAUUUAUUAAACACUGGGACCAGACUGCCAUUCAAUAUGAUAAACAUUUUUUAACCUAGUGAAAUGAACAGAGUGAAAUAAACAGUUUUGUAGUUUAGGCCUCGUAUUCAAAGGUUGGAAAUUCAGAUCUUGCAAACAAUUCUAAAUACGACCAUAUACCACUUCCGUAAUGGCGACACGAGUGACCUCCCCUGAUUCUUCGUCCAGCGCAGGCGAUAUACCCAUUGUGUCUGGUCUCAGCAAGCCAUCUGCCCACCCCGAGGAGUGGACUCUUCCACACGAGUGGAACAUCGAAAAAAGGGAGAUGUAUGAUAAUUGGAAGAUGGACGUCCAGAACCAGAUAUCCAACAUAGCUGAGAUGCUGACGUCGUCCCUUCAGAAGCAUCCCCGACCGGAAGUAUCAACGAUCGACUACAGCGACGCCAUAGAAGAGAACGACCUUCGCAAACAGGUCAUAGGAAAGGAACGAGAAUCCGGGAAUACGCUCACUUACGGACUUGCAAGAGUUCCCUUCCCUGAUAAAUAUUGAAUAUAAUUUUACAUAUUGCAUGCACAGUUUCAUUCAUUGAUGUUUUAUCAUUUGUUUGUUUAAUUCAUCGAUCACACCAAAGGAAAUACACUUCUAAAUUUUCUGAUUACAAUUUCUCCCAUAUAGGUUUGGACCUUUGUAGGGAUUCUUCAUCGUCGGCAACCACGGUACCUUCUUCCGUUACUCUUCAUACAUAGCGUAAUGUAUAACGGGGGUAUCCGACGAUGGGAUUCUUAAAAGAAGGCCUCAAUUAGAUAAAAACAAACUUUGCAGAAUGGUUUAACAGCACUCUGUGAGCUCUAGGUUAUAGCUAUGACUUAUGACAACGCCAUUGUUUUGUUUGCAAGUACUUGCAGAGUGUUAUUGUUCGCUGAUGUGUUGAUGUGCAUUGUUUUCUGUGGUUGUUAUUUAUUUUUGUUUGCCAUUCUUUUGAAUAGUGCAAUGAACGUCCAGUAUUAUAGAUGUGCGCACAUAAACUGCCCAGACAUUAGUAAGCUAAUAAACGAAAGAAAACAAA